CACAUGUGGUGGUGGUUGUAAAGUUUAAAAGUUUAAAUUUAAUAAUAAUAAAGACUGAUAUCUUUAUUAUAUCCGCUCACUUUUCUCCAGUUUAUUUUGAUUUCUUAAUAUAAUUUUUUUUUACUGAAAAUUAAUUUUUUUAAUAAAUAAAUAUUUUUUUUUUCUAAUUACUAGAAACCUGUUCAAUUGUUCAGCUCUCUCAAGUAAAAAUAAAAAUGGAUGACAGCUCAACAACAGUGUCAUUUUCGAAUAUCAGUUUACAACAUGAUCACCAGCUCAACAUGGAAAAUGAUGAUAGGCAGAGAGAGAUUGAGUUGGAAGCCUUAAUCACAGAUGGUUUUGAUGAUUUUCUAGAUGAUUCAGUAGAAGAUGAUAAUGAUGAUGAGGAGGAGGAAGAAGAGGAUGGUGAUGGGAGCAAUCAUUCUCAUGUCAACGGUAUUAACAACAGUAACAACAACAACAGUCGUAUUCCAUCUUCACUUUGCAACAAACAGAUAUAUUCCUCACCAAAACAACAAUUACAGAACCAACUGGGACGAUGCUUGCAACAGCCACACCAUUCCACCCAACAACAAUACUUCACACCAUUGCACUCCACACAACAACACAUGCCACACCACAACCAAAACCACCAACAAACACAAAACUACCCCCAAACUAGAAAUCAUAAACUUUUGUGUGGUUUCAUGAGAAACAAAAACAACGAAGAUUACAAUGAUGAACAAAACAAUCGCUGUAAAUUUACUUAUAAUGAUGAUGGGGAGGAGGAAGAAGAAGAUGAUGAUGGUGGUGGCAUGAAGACAACCACGAGGAACUGUAACAAGUUCUUGAAUGUUUAUUGCAAUCAUCACCAUGGUGAUUAUAAAGAUGCUAAUGAUGAUGAGGAUGAAGGAGUUAAAGCUGAUGAAAGUGACCACCCACGACCUCAUUAUCAGCAGCAGCAACUUUCCUCCAGAUAUAAAAAAAUUUCAUCUCAAGAAGACAACAGCUGCAGUUAUAGUAUCUAUAACACUACAGGUGAAUUCAAUGCUAACGACAUUAAAAGUAUUUUCACUAACAACAAUAGUCCUAACAGCAGCAACAACAACAACAACAACUAUAAUAACAACAACAACAACAUUAAUGUCAUGUCGAACUCUUACAACCAAAAGAAAAGUGAUCAUCAGCAUGGCAUCUUAAAGAAAGGUGAUAGUUUGGAAUCUGUAGAGCUCACAAUGGAGAGAGAGAAACAGAUCAUGACGUUGAGGAUGGAGAUGGAAAGACUGAGGGAGGAGCAUGCCAGGGAUAUGAGGAUAUCCAGGAUUAGAUGUAGUAUUCUUGAAAAUGAGAAGGAAGAGAUGACAAAGAAGCUGGUGAGUUGUGAGGGAAUGUUGGAGGAAUCGAAUGGAAAGGAAGGCAGGUUGCAAGUUCAAUGUGAUGUCCUCCGGGCACGACUCGAUGCCUUCAUGCUAGAUCACGAAGAGCUGUUGGCGAAGAUGUCAAUCUGUGAGACGCUUCUUGACAAUUUGAACUCUCAGCUCGUUGAUGCCAGGGAGAUGUCUGUGAGGGCAAGGGUGGAGCAUGAUGCCCUGACCAGUGAUCUCGUGAAGAAAGAAGAUGAGUUGUCCAUGCUGGAAAGGACCCUCUUGAAGCAAAUUGUACUUGUCUCUAAAUAUGAAGAAGAAAUAGAUAAGUUGAAAACGAAGCUGGAAGAAGAAACAAAAUCUCACGAGAGGCAGCAAAUGGAGGCUAUCAUUCGACUCACUGGCAGUUUGCACCAGUCACAAAUGCACUGCAAACAACAACUUCUCGACUAUAGCCAUUCGUUAUUAUUUCUUUUACUCUUCAUAUCAACAUUAAUUAUUAUCAUUUAUUAUUAUUAUUGUUAUUUGUUGCUAUUAUAAUUAUUUAUUAUCGUUUUUAUUAACAUUUAUUAACAUGAGUUCUUCAUUUUGUUAUUUUUAUUAUUCACCAUUAUUUCCUAUCUAACCACAAAUCAAUGAAGAUUUUAAUAAUGCGUUCUUUGUUAUAAACUGGCCAUUUCAUUUCACGAAUUUAGCUUUGUCAAAAUGUUAAACAAAAAUGAUUUGUUUAUUUAUUUCUUGCCUUUUCGCUGCUGUUCAUUAUAACUUGUCGCAAUUUAAAUGAGCCUAUUGAACAAAACUAAAAAGUGUAAACAGAAAGAAUUUGGCAAUUUAUGAACAAACGAAAUUAUAUUUUCUAGGUAUCAUUCAAAUUGGCUAAUGAACAUUUUUAAGAGAAUAAAUUAUUUCUAACAGACUGGUUUUCAUAACGUUGGUCUAUUUCCGUUAAUGAAAUAAACACAUGCAUGUAUCAUAAUUCAUAAUGUAAUAAUUCACGAUGGUCAUAAUUCAUAAUGUAAUAAUUCAUGAUUGUCAUAAUUUAUAGUGUAAUAUUCACGAUAGUCGAGUAUUCGUAUUUUUUUCUAUUUCAAAACAUUUAUUAAAUUAUUUUUGAGUGAAAAUGCAGACAUAAUAGUUUUAACAAAAAUUGUUACGUUUUAAAUGCUGUACAAUUGUGUUAGAUGAAGUUUAAUAAAUGA